AUGUCGAUUCAGGGGAACACAAUGCGCCAUGUCUUCUGCAUCGGAACUGCUGAUACAAAGUCUGAGGAACUUCGAUUCCUCGCCGAAUCUGUUCGAUCCAAUCUCCUACUUUUUUCAGCUAACGCAUCAGCACAGUUAGUGGUGACGGUCAUAGAUGUCUCAGUUAGCGAAAAAGAAGUCACGGAUUUCGAAGAUUUCAGAUUCGUGUCGAGAAAAGAAGUCCUCUCUUGCUUACAGCAACACGAAACCCAUCUCCCAGAUGAUAGAGGCAGAGCCAUUGCCGUUAUGAGCAAAGCACUUCAGAUCUUCAUCAGUAAAUAUCACGCUGAUCGUGUUCUCGCUGGAGUUAUAGGUCUUGGGGGAAGUGGAGGGACAUCAUUAAUGUCGUCGGCCUUUAGGUCUCUCCCUGUUGGGAUCCCCAAAGUGAUUGUGUCAACUGUAGCUAGUGGCCAGACUGAACCCUAUAUUGGAACAUCUGAUUUGGUGUUAUUUCCAUCUGUGGUGGAUGUUUGUGGGAUUAACAGCGUGAGUAGGGCUGUGUUUUCAAAUUCUGGUGCUGCUUUUGCUGGGAUGGUGCUUGGAAAUCUUGAAAUGUUGAAAAAACCCACUGUUGGUGAUGGUGGUGAGAAAGGGACAGUCGGUAUAACUAUGUUUGGGGUUACCACUCCGUGUGUCGAUGCUGUAAAGGAGAGAUUGAGUCGAGAAGGGUAUGAGACCUUGGUUUUUCAUGCUACUGGGGUUGGGGGGAGAGCUAUGGAGGACCUUGUUAGAGGAGGAUUUAUACAGGGUGUAUUGGAUAUCACAACAACUGAAGUGGCUGAUUAUAUAGUUGGAGGAGUCAUGGCAUGUGAAAGUUCCCGUUUUGAUUCCAUGUUAGAAAAGAAGAUACCUAUAGUUCUCAGUAUUGGAGCAUUGGACAUGGUGAACUUUGGACCAAAAGAUACCAUACCCUUGAAAUUUCAGGGCAGGAAGAUUUAUGAACACAAUGACCAGGUUACACUAAUGCGAACUACAGUAGAUGAAAAUAAAAGAUUUGCUGCAUUUAUUGCGGAAAAGUUAAAUAAGUCUUCGUCUAAGGUUUGUGUUUGCCUGCCAAAGAUGGGUGUCUCUGGAUUGGAUGCACCAGGCAAGGCCUUCUAUGACCCUGAUGCUACUGGUGCUCUUAUAGUGGAAAUGCAGAGGCUUAUUGAAUCAAAUGAUUAUCGAAAGGUCAAAGUUUUUCCACAUCACAUUAAUGACAUGGAGUUUGCUAAUGCACUAGUUGACUCAUUCUUGGAGAUCUCUAUGAACUUAACGUGUAAUAGGAGUCCAGCUACAGUUCAAUAUAGCCAAGUCUCAGAGAGCAAAACUCUUGACAUAAGUUCAAGGACUGUACCUAUUUCAUAUAGCUUGAGCAACUUUCCUGAUGCAAAACCAGAAACACUAGAGAGGAGACAUAAUAUACUAAGUCAAUUAAUGUAUCAAAUUCAAGAGGGGAAGCCUAUUAUUGGUGCCGGAGCUGGGACAGGCAUAUCUGCCAAGUUUGAGGAAGCUGGUGGAGUGGAUCUGAUUGUCGUGUACAACUCAGGACGCUUCAGGAUGGCAGGAAGAGGAUCAUUGGCAGGCUUACUGCCAUUUGCUGAUGCAAAUGCAGUUGUACUUGACAUGGCCAAUGAGGUGUUGCCUGUAGUAAAACGAGUCCCUGUUCUGGCUGGAGUAUGUGCUACUGACCCAUUCCGAAUGAUGGAUUUCUUCCUGAAGCAACUGGAGUCUAUCGGAUUUGCAGGGGUGCAAAAUUUUCCAACUGUUGGGCUAUUUGAUGGUAAUUUCAGACAAAACUUAGAAGAGACAGGAAUGGGAUAUAGUUUGGAGGUUGAGAUGAUAGCAAAGGCUCAUAAAUUGGGCCUCCUCACAACCCCAUAUGCUUUUAACGAAGAAGAAGCAAUAGCAAUGGCGACAGCUGGCGCUGACAUCAUCGUGGCGCACAUGGGUCUUACGACAUCUGGUUCGAUUGGUGCGAAAACAGCUGUCUCGAUUGAGGAAAGUGUAACUCGUGUACAAGCUAUUGCAGAUGCUGCUCGAAGGGUCAAUCCGGAUGCUAUUGUAUUGUGUCACGGAGGUCCUAUAUCUGGCCCCAGUGAUGCAGAAUAUGUAUUGAAGAGAACUAAAGGAGUUAAUGGAUUCUAUGGUGCGUCUAGUUUGGAGAGGCUGCCAGUUGAACAAGCAAUAACAAAUACGGUAAAGCAGUAUAAAUCUAUAUCUAUGAUCUAG